AUGCUACUCUACAAUGCUGUUCCUAUCAUCUUUUGUUUGGCCCUGAGGGUCGAAGCAGGCAGAGAUAUUGGAACCGAGACCGCGACGGUUUCCGAUCUUCUCAGAAACGCAGAACGGGAGAAAGCGAAAGUAGCCUUUUCCAAGCAGUCAGCAAGCCUUGGACACCCAACAAGUGAUUAUACCGCAUAUGAUAUGGGUUUGGUGGGGGGCGAAAACAAGUUUGGAGAGAAGUCAUAUUCUAACAGCAAGAGCAAAAUUCCCCCUGAGCACGAUAUACUUUUCAAAAGAAAAGUAGUUCCCAAGAAGGCCACCCCGAAACCAGCACCCAAGAAGCCAGCACCAAAGAAUAUCAAGCCGGCACCCAAGAACAUCAAGUCGGCAGCUAAGAAGCUAGCACCACCCAAGAAACCAGUACCUAAGAACAUCAAACCGGCAGCUAAGAAGCCAGUACCCAAGAAGCCAGCACCGAAGAAGCCAACCCCCAAGAAAUUAGCACUCAAGAAACCAGCACCCAAGAACAUCAAGUCGCCAGCCAAGAAACCGGCAGCCAAGAAGCCAACACCCAAGAAGCCGACACCCAAGAAACCAGCAGCCAAGAACAUCAAACCGGCAAAUAAGAAACCAACGGCCAAGAAUAUCAAACCAGUACCUAAGAGACUAGCAGCAAAGAAGACAGCACCCAAAAACUCAAUACCUAAGAAACCAGCACCGAAGAAGCCAGCAGCCAAGAAUAUCAAACCGUCAGCGAAGAAGCCAGCACUUAAGAAACCGGUAUCUAAAAACAUCAAGACAGCAGCCAAGAAGCCGGCACAAAAGAAGCCCACACGAAAACCGGCACCUAAGAAGGCCACUCCUAAGAAACUAGCACCACAGAAAGCCACACCCAAAAGAGUUGACAGCAAGAAACCGGCUCUAAAGAAGGCCACACUGAAACCAGCAACUAAAAAGGCCACUUCAGCAAAGGCUGCUUCUAAGAAAUCAUCAGCUAAGAAGGCCACGCCGAAGGCAGCCCCGAAGAUAGCUUCCAACAAGGCUGGCAAAAAGUCGAACCCAAAGAGAGCGGGUGGAAGAAAGGAUACUCCUAAUACCGCCCGGGCUAAGGGAAAGAAACCUACCAAUGGCGGACCGAGACCGCUGGCGAAGACUCACAGCAGAGUUGUAUCCAAGGGUCGAGUUAGUCCCGUGGGGAAAGCUACCUCUGCAAGAAGGAAUCGUGCCAAGGCCAAGGCUAUCCCUAAGAGCAACAGCGCAUCUAGCAAGCCUGCUUCUAAGAAGAAGGCCUCAAACAAGAGUAGCUCUCCGCCAAAGAGCAAAGGGGCUUCUAACGCCAAGUCAAGUCACAAGGGGAAAGCCGCUACCAAGGGAAAUUCCAGUCACAAAGGAAAAGCUCCUUCUAAAGCGAAAGGCAAAGGAAAAGGCAAGGCGAUUCCAAAAGCCAAAGGUGCUGCGAAGGGAAAGCCCAUCAACAAAGCAAAGGCCGGUAAAAAAGCUAAGGCUGCUGCUCAGCGGAAGUCUAAUAGCAGAGGAAAGGCCGUUUCCAAGACAAAACCUAACCGCAAGGGAAAAGCCACUUCGGGGCGGAGAUCACGCCACAAAGGAAAGGCUAGUCCUACAGCCAACUCCAAAGCAACCACCAAAGAGAAAUCCAGUCACAAAGGCAACCCUGCAUCCAAAGCCAAGGCUGGACAUGAAAUCAAGGAUAAUGCGAAGGAAAAGCCUGGCCAUCCCAAGGUUGACAUUCACAAACCAAGCCCCAAUACCCCUGAACCCGCAUCGUCUAAGGUUCGCCCUGCAUUGAAAUGUCGGGGCCUGAAAGCAUGCAGCUAUGGCCCAUCACCCCGCCCACCAAAUGAUGGCAAGUUGAUAAACACUGAUGAUCCCAAGGUCCCUUUGAAGGACAUAAAAGACCGGCCAAAUAAUGUCAAAAAUUACGUUGAUCCUGGGCAACACGCCAUGUACCUUGCUGCUUGGCCGAACGUACAUGAGCCUAUCCCGGCAGGUGCAAAAUAUAUCACCAUCAAGAUGGGAGACGGCGAUGAAAAAAGACAUGACAAGUAUGACACACAUUCUGGAAGCUAUUCUUGGGCUGUUAGCAAGAACCAAGAUCCAUCAGAUAUACAGAAGCAAAGUCACUACAAGGCUCAAGUGGAGCAAGCGAAGAAGGAUGGGAAAAAACCACCAGAUCCUAUUCCAGAAAUGAAAAUACCGGCAAAGAAGCGAGAAGGACGGCCAGGCGAGAGGGAGGAAAAGAGAAUAUUUGGGCUUAACAAACCGACACCACCACAGGGAGAGCUGGGAUGGACUGAGAAGCAUGACAUUUGGCCCAAAACAGAAGCAGAGCUUGAGAGGCAAGAUAAGGAACAAGGGAUAUUUGGACCCCAUCCGAGGCCUAUUACUGUACAGCAGAUGGCAGACGGCAUAGCAAGAGCCCAGGAUCAUAUUAAGAAUCAUGCCGCUGGGGCGGAAGGGACGGAAUUUAGGCAUGAGAUGAAUGACGUUAUGUGGAUGAGUAACCACGAAAGAGUCCGGAAACAAAGGCCUCAUAAACGAAGUCAUGAGAAUGAAGCCUAG